UAAAUAUUGUAGCGCGACUUCAUAUAUCUACGUGUAACUUCCAAACAGUUAGUGUUUUAAGCCUUUUCCCCAGUGAAAUCAGCGUUUGCUAAUGUUUAACUCUUAAGACAGAAACGUAUACAGGUCUUGCGGCUAGACAAUGCUCAAGUUCAGGUAUGUACAAAUGCUAGCCAUGUCGUUCUGAACCGUGCUUUGAUAAUCUGUUCGGCACGAAUAUCUCUAAAUGCAUAACGAGAACGCACGCCUCUUGUAUUGCAGAGGGAAAAAAGCCACGAUGUCCAGUGACAAGAAUGGGAACAUUCUGGAUGCCGUUGCAUCCCCUGAAGAUUUGCGAGAGGUUGCGCAGCAGGAGCUGGGUGAAACGGCUGCAGUAAAGGAGCAGGCUUUGAUCCAGCUGAGAGAGCUAAUCCUAGGUGAACCCUUACUCGACUGUCCUACGGAUGAAUCCUUUCUCCUCAAGUUUCUACGAGCUAGAAAGUACGACGUGCAGAGCACCUUCAAGAAUGUUAAGAAGUACUUCAAGGUUCGAAGGGACUACCCGGAGAUGUUCGAAGAACUGAAGCCUUCCAACGUGCCUUUCGACGAUGCCUGCCGUAAGCACCGACUUGUCACGGUGUCCCGGAAGACAGACCCUAAGGGGAGAGCUGUGGUAAAGUUCAGAACAG